AUGCAGAGGGCCAAGGACAAGGGCGGGAGCUGCUGCUGCUGGGGGGAGAGGGAAGAGAUCCUGGAGAGGGUGGUACAUCUGUUCCCGACGGCAGUGAAGCUCAGCCACGAUGACACAGGAGCCAAGUAUUUACACCUGGCCAGAGAAGACACGAAUAAUCUGUUCAGCAUGCAGUUCCGCACCACUCCCAUGGACAGUACCGGUGUUCCUCACAUUCUUGAGCAUACCGUCCUUUGUGGGUCUCGGAAAUAUCCGUGCAGAGACCCUUUCUUCAAAAUGUUGAACCGGUCCCUCUCCACGUUCAUGAACGCCUUCACAGGUAGGACCAGCAUCCUGAACGGAAACCGCGUUUGGGUUUGCCAGGCACCCACUGGAAUUCAGUUAGUUUCUGAGAAGGGAUGAGAGGAGUGGGCAAUUAAUGUUCUAGAAUAAUUUUUACCCCUCUCUAGUUGAAGGACGUUAGAAAUUUCAUCCUCGAGGAAAGCCACAUGGUAGCGAGAUUAUAAAAACUAGUGUUUUAAUAAAAGGUACGUGAACUUUUCCCAGAAAGGUUCAAAACAAUUUUCUAUUUUCAGAUGGUAAAAUAUUUUUAAGAAGCAAGGACAUUUCUCCAUGUCAUGACAGUGAUAAUCUAAGAGGGAGAGAGAGGGUUAUGAGCAGUUAGGGGAAAUCUUCAGCUUGGUCAUGGGGACACUUUUUUUUUUUUUUUGGAGACAAGAGUCUCGCUCUGUUGCCCAGGCUAGAGUGCAGUGGUGCAAUCUCGGCUCACUGCAACCUCCACCUCCU